AUGUACUUUGAUGGUGCGGUUAACUUAGCUGGGUCGGGUACUGGGGCAGUUCUUAUCUCCUCGGAUGGACAACAUUACCCCGUCGCCACUAAAUUGACAUUCCCUUGCACGAAUAACAUUACUGAAUACGAAGCAUGCAUUCUCGGCCUCCAAGCCGCUGUUGAUAUGAAAAUUCGAAAGUUACAAGUUUAUGGUGAUUCAGCCCUUAUCAUCUUACAGACUGAAGGCAAAUGGCGAACACAUGAUUCUAAAUUGAUUCCGUAUCAUGAGUUCCUGGGGAAGUUGACGGAAGAAUUCCAAGAAGUAUUAUUCGAAUACUUACCAAGGUCUCAAAAUCAGUUCGUUGAUGCCUUAGCUACCUUGUCCUCGAUGUUGCAAGUAGUUGGAGGCUUGGACAUUGAACCAUUGAGAAUUGAAAUCCUUAGGCGCCCGGCUUAUUGUAUGACGGUUAAAGAGGAACUAGAUGGACAACCUUGGUAUUACGACAUCUUGAAGUAUCUACAGAAGGGUGAAUUCCCCGAAGGAAGUGAAGCAGCGGACAUAAAGCAUUUGAUAAAGCUAGCAUCAAAAUUCUUCACCAGUGCAGAUGUCCUCUACAAAAGGUCCUUCGACUCGACAUUGCUAAGCACGUACGACGGUGUCACCAAUGCCAGAUUUAUGGAGACAAGAUAA